AUGACAUCGGAUCAUCGCGACGCUGAUUUCUCAUUGGAAUCGCCGGAUCUGGAGGAAGGUGGUGUAGGAGACGGAGGAGAGACUGACACCGACGAGGAUCUCCGGGAGAACGAUGACGUCGUCAUACCGGAAACAAACGAGGUCGAAGACGACGAUCCGGAAGAGGAAGAUCUGAAUUCUCCGUCUACAUCUUCACUCGCCAUGGUCUCCACGGUCUCCGCGACUGCCGUCGUUUCCGGAACGGCGACGACGACCUCCUCCGUAGACGCCGUGACCGUUGCACUUCCGGCUGGAUCCGCGGUCCCUGUGUCCGUAAUUCCGGUGGAUUCCGAUCCGAAAUGGCACCGCAUGACGGAGAUCGUCCAUCAGAGACCCCCGAUCGACGACUCAAGACGCCUUUUCCAGAGGCUGUGGACCGACGAGGACGAGAUCGAGCUCCUCCGUGGCUUCCUCGAUUACAUAACGUCGCACCGAGGCAGCAGCUCCCACCCGCCCGACACGGCGCCGUUUUACGAGCAGAUAAAGUCGAAGCUCCAGCUCGAUUUCAACAAGAACCAGCUGGUGGAGAAGCUCCGCCGGCUGAAGAAGAAGUACCGGAAUGUGAUGAGCAAGAUCAGCUCCGGUAAAGAGGUGUUCUUCAAGAGCCCUCACGAUCAAUCGACUUUCGAGAUCUCCAGGAAAAUCUGGAAUCAAACCGGGAAAAUCAUAGGGUUUGAAGAUAACAGCGUGAUGGAUUUCGAAGAAACCAAUAAUAUCCAUCACAACACUUCCAAUGGUAACUACUCAGCCUUCAAUAGCCCUAGCUCUAAUCCUGCUCUUGACAUCGAUUCCGAAAACGGAGUCGAGAAGAAAUUGACGAUGAGUAGCAGCAGCGGAUCGAGGAAACGAUCACGGUCACGGAUUGGGAAGAUUGAAGAAGACAACAAACCGAUCGCUCCCUCUGAUGGGCAAAUACCAAACGCAGCUAGCAAUGUUAACCUCAACGAAACCGCGUAUGCUGGUAUUGGAGGGAAUCUCGGGGGCAUGAUCGAAGAGACUGUGAAAAACUGUGUCUCUCCUGUGAUUAAGGAGAUGAUGAAUGGGACGACGAGUAUGAUGAUGGCUGCAAUGGGAGGGUUUUCAGGCGGCGGUGGUGGUGUUCAUGGCUUUGGCUCGUUAAGCCCUGUCUUUACACGGCCGGUUAAUUUCGGUUUUGGUGGAGAAGGAGGAGGGAACAAGGCGGUGGCGGAUGAGCGGUGGAGGAAACAGCAGAUACUGGAGCUGGAAGUGUAUUCAAGGAGAUUAGAGUUGGUUCAAGAACAGAUUAGAGCUACAUUGCACGAGUUAAAGACUAUGCCGAGUGGUGGAUGA